AUGUCGGCUAUCGCUUCGGCCGCGCUUAAGGCGCGCGUUCACCGGCCCUCGCUGCUGAAAAAGUUCUGCCAGCCCGAGGACCUUCUUCACCACUUCCCCAAUGGCGCCUACAUCGGCUGGUCCGGCUUCACGGGCGUUGGCUAUCCCAAGAAGAUUCCUACCUUCCUGGCCGACCACGUUGAGAAGAACGGGCUGCAGGGCAAGCUCAAGUACACUCUCUUCGUCGGCGCGUCGUCCGGCGCUGAGACGGAGAACCGUUGGGCUGCUCUCGACAUGAUCGAGCGCCGGUCGCCUCACCAGGUCGGCAAGAACAUUGCCAAAGGCAUCAAUGAGGGCCGCAUCAAGUUCUUCGACAAACACCUGAGCAUGUUCCCUUCGGAUCUCGUCUAUGGUUUCUAUACCAAGGACAGGCCGACCAACAAGCUCGAUGUCGCCGUCGUCGAGGCGACCGAGAUCAAGGAGGACGGUAGCAUUGUUCCCGGUGCUUCCGUCGGUGCUACACCCGAGCUGCUGCAGCUGGCCGACAAGAUCAUCAUCGAGGUCAACACUUCGCUGCCCAUCAUGGACGGUCUGCACGAUAUUGUCAUGACCGACCUGCCCCCGCGCCGCAAGCCGUAUCUCAUCACGGACUGUGAGGACCGCAUUGGUACCACCUCGAUCCCAAUUGACCCCGAGAAGGUUGUCGGUAUCGUCGAGUCCGACUACCAGGACCAGACCCAGCCUAACGCUCCUGAGGAUGAGACCUCCAAGCGCAUUGCUGGCCACCUCAUCGAGUUCUUCGAGCACGAGGUGCGCUUCGGCCGCCUGCCGCCCAACCUCCUGCCCCUGCAAUCCGGCAUUGGCAACAUCGCCAACGCUGUCAUCGGCGGCCUGGACAACUCCAACUUCCGUGGUCUCAAGGUCUGGACCGAGGUCAUUCAGGACACCUUCCUGGAUCUCUUCGACUCUGGCCGCCUCGACUUCGCCACCGCGACCUCGGUCCGCUUCUCUCCCGACGGCUUUGCUCGCUUCUACAAGAACUGGGAGUCGUACCACAACAAGCUGCUGCUCCGCCCUCAGUCCGUCUCCAACGCUCCCGAGAUCAUCCGCCGUCUCGGCAUCAUCGGCAUGAACACCCCUGUUGAGGUCGACAUCUAUGCGCACGCCAACUCGACCUGCGUCAUGGGCAGCCGCAUGCUCAACGGCCUGGGCGGCUCGGCCGACUUCCUGCGCAGCGCCAAGUACUCCAUCAUGCACACUCCGUCGACGCGCCCGACCAAGGACGACCCGCACGGCGUCAGCUGCAUCGUGCCCAUGUGCACGCACGUUGACCAGACUGAGCACGACCUGGACAUCAUCGUCACGGAGAACGGCCUGGCCGAUGUCCGCGGACUCAGCCCGCGCGAGCGCGCCCGCGUCAUCAUCGAAAAGUGCGCGCACGACGUGUACAAGCCCAUCCUCAAGGCCUAUUUCGAGAAGGCCGAGUUCGAGUGCCUCAAGAAGGGCAUGGGCCACGAGCCUCACCUACUGUGGAAUGCCUUCGACAUGCACAAGGCUCUUGCUGAGGAGGGCAGCAUGAGUAAGGUUAAGGGCUGUCAGCAGUCACGCGAUGCGGGGUACAGUCUUGGCGGUCUUGGCGGUCUUGGCUCGGCUCUCGACCCCUCGAGCAACGGCUGUGACAGGCGGAAGCGACGCAGCUGCCCUGCAAGACCGGGCACUAACACGGCUACUGUCGGCACCGAGGAGCGUCACCAGGACGAUCGGAACCGACGCGAGAUCAAUGCCUCCUCGGAUGCCCCUUUUCUCUUUUUCUUCCUUCACUUUCAUGAUUGUUUUCUCUCUUCUCGCCAUGCCAUCGGGCCAUUGGGACUUCCAAGAAACUACCUGACCCCAAAGUCCAAGUCCUCUAUCACCACCAUGCGCUCCCUCAAACGCAGCUCGCACCGCCUUCGCCGCGUGCCCUUUUCCGGCCCGGCCUCCUCCUCUGCCUUCUCCCCAUCGCAGACCGUAUGUCGUACCCAGCGCUCGCGAGGUUGCGCGAGCGCUGCUGCUGCCCCAUCCUCAUCCUCAUCAUCCACAGCCCCGGCGAACGUGGUCCCGAUCAAGUCCCUCCUCAUCGCCAACCGUGGCGAAAUCGCCCUCCGCAUCGCGCGCACCGCCGCGGCCAUGGGCAUCCGCACAACAACCUUAUACACCGACAUCGAUGCGCACGCCCAGCACCCCAAGUGCACCCCGCACAGCAUCGCCCUGGGCGCCUCGCCCAAAGGGUACCUCGACUCGGCGCGGAUCGUGGCUCUGGCCAAGCAGCACGGUAUUGAUGCGCUGCAUCCAGGGUAUGGGUUCUUAAGCGAGAACCCGGAUUUUGCGCGCCGGUGUGAGGAGGCCGGGAUUGUGUUUGUGGGUCCGCCGGCACAGGCAAUGGCGGAUAUGGGAGAUAAGGCGAGGAGUAAGGAGAUUAUGACGAAGGCGGGGGUGCCCUGCGUGCCGGGGUACCAUGGGGAAGAGCAGGGCGUGGAGCAGUUAAGAGCAUACGCGCGGGAGAUUGGGUAUCCGGUGCUAUUGAAGAGCGUAAAGGGCGGUGGUGGGAAGGGGAUGAGGAUUGUGAGGAGUGAUGAGGAGUUUGAGGCGCAGAUUCAGAGCGCGAGGCAGGAAGCGAGGGCUAGUUUUGGUGAGGGAGGAGAGGUUAUGUUGGUGGAAAAGUAUAUUGAGCGUCCGAGGCACGUUGAGGUGCAGGUGUUUGCCGACAAGCAUGGUAACUGUGUUGCGCUGGGUGAGCGUGACUGCAGUGUGCAGCGCAGACACCAGAAGAUCUUAGAGGAGUCUCCUGCCCCGGGGCUCGACGAUGCCACGCGCCGCGAGCUGUGGGACAAGGCGCGCACUGCGGCCCUCGCGGUCGGGUAUGUCGGCGCGGGCACGGUCGAGUUCAUCUUUGACAAGGAUACGGGCAAGUUCUACUUCAUGGAGAUGAACACCCGUCUGCAGGUCGAGCACCCCGUCACCGAGAUGGUCACCGGCACCGACCUCGUCGAAUGGCAGUUCCGGAUCGCCGCUGGCGAGCCUCUGCCCCUGACCCAAGAGGAGAUCGAAGCUCGCAUUGCCGAGCGUGGCGCCGCCAUCGAGGCACGUAUCUACGCUGAGAACCCUUCGCGUGGGUUCUUCCCUGAUUCGGGCAAGCUCGUGCAUCUGGUGACGCCAUCGGGAGUCGGCGUUGAUCCGGACGUACGUCUCGAUGCUGGUUUCAUCGAAGGCGACACCGUUAGCGAGGCCUACGACGGCAUGAUCGCGAAGUUGAUUAUCCGCGGCCGCGAUCGCGAGACGGCCAUCCGCAAGAUGGAGCUCGCGCUUAGGGAGUACGAGGUGGUUGGGUUGAGCACCAACAUUGAGUUCCUCAAGCGACUGUGCCGCAGCGAAGCAUUUGUUCAGGGUGACGUUGAGACUGGGUUUGUGGAUAAGUGGAGGGAUGAGCUGUUCAAGAAGGAGGAGACCCCCGAUGAGGUAUUUGUGCAGGCUGCUUUGGGACUGUUGCUUGCCCCAGGAACAGCCGCCAUCUCCGGACCGCACGCCGGCGGAUCCCUGGGCUUCGGCGAGGAGACCGCCAUGACCCAGCGGGCAUUUACUUUCCGCCUUCCAGCUGCCGACGAGACCCAAGACGCAGAAGUUGUCCGCGUCGAAAUCGCUCAGCAACCCGCGUCCGGCUCGGCAAUGUACACCGUCACCAUCUACCGCGCCGGCUCUACCGAGCCGACUGUCAUCCCGAACGUCAUCGCCGAGCCGUCCUCCCUCCCCUCAAACACUGCAGCCCGCAAAACCAAGCUUACAUCCUUCCUCCCCACCACCCGCCUCGACACAACCCUCGUCCACGAUCCCUCCCAGCCCGACAAACUCACCCUCUUCCAGCUCGGCACAAAAGCCGAGCUAGAACUCGUUCCUCCCGCAUGGUUCGACCGUGCCCUAGGCGCACAGCAGCACGAUGGCGCCGGCAGCGCAGGUAACACCGUGACAGCGCCAAUGCCGUGCAAGAUAUUGAGAAUUGAGGUUCAGCCGGGGCAGGAGGUUGGCAAGGGCGCACCGUUAGUGGUGAUCGAGAGUAUGAAAAUGGAGACGGUGAUUCGGAGCCCAAAGAAGGGGGUCGUGAAGAGGGUCGCGCAGAAAGAGGGAGAGAUUUGCAAGGCAGGGGCGGUGUUGGUUGUUUUUGAGGAGCAGGCUACGGAGGGGGAUGCUAAGGAGCUGCUCAGGCUGCUCAAGCUCGGGGUGCUGUCAAGCCCGCAUUACCACCUUUCACGGCCGCACACUCCGAUCCCAAUACAGUUGACCAAGCGGCUCCUGAAGCUACCCGAUGGGAACAUCUGCGGUCAAUCGACUGCGUCGUCGGACGGGCUCUGGACCGACGGCCACUCUCCCCUCUCCGCGAACUACGUCGCCUGUUACAUUGACCACAAGCUUUGGAAUGCUUUCUCUAACCUCGUGGAGAAGCCCUUUCCUUUCCCUGACAAGCUCGAUGCCCACCAGGUCGCCCAUUCCCAGGCAGGCAUCGAGAACAGCUGUCCCACAAUCUGGCCACCUGCUUUUCGGUUUGAGGUCCAUACUGCGAAUGAGAAUGUGGAUGACUAUGAUGAUAAUGAGGUGAGGAAAUAUUUGGAGAAGCAGAAGGAGGAGCUGGAGAUGAGGGCUAUUGGCGAGCUCUCGCAGUUCGGGGAGCUGUUUGAUGAGAUGGAUGAUUUGAGCAGGGAGAUGGCCCUCUGGGAUGCUAAAGCGAAGGAUUACGGUCUUGAUAUCUUUGUCUAG